UUACGUUCCAAGUGCGGGCCGAGAAAACGAAAGACAAGAACCCAUUGAGCAACACCCUGACGGCCUCGACCGUCGUCGACCUGUCGCGUAUCCCCGAGCCGAAGCAGUUAUCCAGCCGCCAAGAUGGAAGAGUCUUCUUCAGCAUCUCAGGAUGUGUUUAGUAAAACGAGAAUACAGAAACCGUCGCCCAACUCUCACAUCAAAUCCUGCCCCGUUCCUGGCACUCAGUUUGGCGUCAGUUCGUCAUCUUCUGUGACGAGUUGUGCUCCGCCGUGUCCCGGAACAAACGCCAAUCCGGCCAGCAAUACGACGGAUGAUCUCCAUCGACAACAGUUUACCUGCAUCACCUCGACCAACAAUCAAUCGCCACCGCCAUCCAGUUCGGGUGGUGGUGAUGAACGUCGGUCGAGAAAACAAAAGAGUCCGUGCAAAGGCCUCGAUUCCAGAGACGUUUCCACCAACCUGACAAUCAUGUGGGAGAAGCAAAAGGAUUGGACCUGGACGAAUGAAUGUGAAUUCAACGUGUUGAACAGUCAGCAGGAGCCGUACUGUUGUGUCUGCAGUGUCCUCAGACCCUGGACGCCACAGAAACCUCUACAAUCACCGGACCAACCACCUAAAUGGUCUGCCGUUGUGUUGCCGGAAGCGCUGUUUGGCUCGGAGCGGCAUGAAAUCACCUCGUCGAUCCUCUUGCGCUGUUCGUCCUGUUGCAUCUCCGUCCACGCCAAGUGUUGCGGACUGGCAGAGUCGACGGUGACCGACAAAUGGGUCUGCCGGCGCUGCGAACGCAGCCCGACGGACCGACAAAUGAUCAAAUGCUGCCUCUGCCAGAAGCGAGGUGGACUCCUCAAAGGGACGACUGACGGCCGCUGGGCUCACGUUGUGUGUACAAUUUGCUUCCCGGGUGUUUCCAUCGUUCAUCCGGACCUUCGCGAGCCCAUCUUUAUCAGUCCAUUUGGCUGGAAGGACUACUUGUUCCUGAAUUGCAGCUACUGCUCCAUCAACCAGUCCGAUUACGGCGCCAACAGUGUCACCUGGCAUCACGGCAGCUGCCUUCCUUGUGUCAAACAAUGUGGACGGGCGUUCCAUCCCCUGUGCGGCCUAGUCAAUGGUGUACGGUUCAUGCUUAGUCAGGAUGGCGACUACUUUUCCGCCAACUGCUGCACAACCAGCCACACUCCUCGAUCGACCACAUCCGCCUUCAGAAAGAAGGCUCCUGUUCAUGUGUCUGUCGGCCAGCAAGUCUACGCCAAACAUCCCGAAUCGGGUGAAUAUCAUCUGGCUGAUGUGACGGACAAUACUCAGACAGUCACGUACUAUUCUGUCGAUUUCAACGAUGGGACUAACAGCCAAGAUACUUAUCCGGAAGACAUCAAGAAUUACAAUUGCAAAGAGGAUGGCCCUCCCCUUGCUGGAGCCGCCGUCGAAGUCUUGUGGACGGACGGCAAGAGCUACGGCGGCCACUAUCGAGGCUUCACGAAGCGUAAACUCUACAGUUUAUCCUUCCGCGACGGAACCAACACCGUCAUCACCGCAGAGAGACCUGAUUUUUAUCAUCCUGACGAGGAUCUACCCAAAGAUCUUAGAAUUCAACUGGACAAGCAAAAGGCAGCAGCAGCGCAAAUGCAACGACUCCAGCAUGCCUGUCCAGCCAUUCAACCUUAAUUGCGUGUUCUUUAAAUCAAACUUGAGUCGUGGCAACUAAAUAAGCCUUUUCUUUCCUUUUUUUGUUUUCUCUUCCUCCCCCCUUCUUCAUUAUGAUGUGAACUUAAGUUAUUUCAAACAAUUCGUGUUUGGGCUGGAUAGAAUGAAGACUAAGAAUAUUGAAUCCACCUGUAACCACAUUUAUUUUGUCUUGAGUUGGAAUGAUAUAGCCUUGUGUGUGUGACUUGUAAGAAAAUUGUUACUAACAUGUAAUUUGAAUGACUGCGCAGGAAUGUGACGAUGAUGAUUGUGUUUUCUUGGACUUUUGUUUUUUUCUGGAUUCUGAACGAAGGAUAAUAUUGUGUCCCCCCGCCGCUCUAUAGUGUCAAUUUUUUUCAAUUUUUUUUUCUUUUCUUGUUCUCAAAGAAAUACCUCGUUAAUUGCCGGCACCAUAUUUCGAUUGAGUGUUCGUGUUAUUCACACAAACAAAUAACGUAUACAGCUUUGUCUUAUAUUAUUCAUAAUCAGCAUUCGAUUGAAGAUGAUUUGUUGAGUUUUGUUUCCAUCCUAUUCUCUCGUAUUACUCCAGAAAGACAAGAUUGAAAAAAGAAAUCUGUGUGAACUUCUAGAGGGAGUUAUCAGCUGCUGACUUGGCUGUUUGAAAAAUCGAAUAAAGUAGUCGCAGUAUUAAA